AUGGAGAAACCGGGUAUGUCUUUAUUGAAAGGAUCACUUUGUGUUAUUGUUUUUCUUCUUCUGUUGUCGUUGGUUGAGAGCGUCAAAGGCGGGGGAUACGUGAAGUAUGGAACCGAAGCUAAAGUGGUUCCGGGGAAACUAAAUGUUCAUCUUGUUCCGCAUUCGCAUGACGAUGUCGGCUGGUUGAAAACUGUUGAUCAGUACUACGUAGGAUCUAACAACAGAAUCCAGAACGCUUGCGUGAGGAACGUCCUAGACUCGGUGGUGGAUUCUCUACUUCGUGAUCCCAAUAGAAAGUUUGUGUUUGCGGAAAUGGCCUUCUUUACGCGUUGGUGGGAAGAACAAAGCCCCGAGAGACAAGAGCAAGUGAGGAGACUAGUGAAAUCCGGGCAACUAGAGUUUGUAAAUGGAGGAUGGGCUAUGAAUGAUGAAGCAACGUGCCAUUACAUAGAUAUGAUAGACCAAACCACAAAGGGGCAUCGGUUUAUAAAGCAACAGUUCAACACAACUCCACGUGCUGCUUGGCAAAUCGAUCCCUUUGGUCAUUCCUCUGUUCAAGCUUACCUCCUUGGAGCAGAGUUAGGGUUGGAUUCUGUGCAUUUCGCGAGAAUCGAUUACCAAGACAGAGAAAAGCGAAAGGCCGAGAAAUCACUUGAAGUCAUCUGGAGAGGAUCAAAAACACUGGAUUCUUCUUCUCAGAUAUUCACCAAUAUCUUCUUUGUUCAUUACGGCCCUCCCACUGGCUUUCACUAUGAAGUCACCGACGAUUACGUACCCCUCCAGGACAACCCUCGUUUCGAUGGCUAUAACAUUAAGGAGGCGGUUAAUGAUUUCGUCAAUGCUUCUCUUGUUUAUGCUAAUGUGAGUCGAGGGAACCAUGUGAUGUGGACAAUGGGCGAUGAUUUUCAGUACCAGUUCGCCGAGUCUUGGUUCAGACAGAUGGACAGACUUAUCCAUUAUGUUAACAAGGAUGGCCGUGUGAACGCCUUGUACUCCACACCAUCUCUCUAUGUUGAUGCCAAGAAUGUUGCCAAUGUUACUUGGCCUCUCAAGACUCAUGACUUUUUCCCAUAUGCGGAUCGGGCAUACGCUUACUGGACUGGCUACUUCACCAGCCGUCCUGCUCUUAAACGAUAUGUUCGGGCUCUUAGCGGAUACUACAUGGCUGCAAGGCAACUUGAAUUUCUGGUGGGCAAGAACUCUGGAGGUCCAAACACUUACAGUCUUGGGGAUGCUUUAGGGAUAGCGCAGCACCAUGAUGCUGUCACUGGAACUGCCAAGCAGCAUGUAACAAAUGAUUACAUGAAACGCCUUGCUCUUGGUGCUUCUGAGGCAGAAGCUGUGGUGAAUUCUGCGCUGGCAUGCCUAAUGAACAAAGCACCAAAAGGUGGCUGCACAAAGCCUGCAAUAGCAUUCAGCCAGCAGUGCUCGUUGAUGAAUAUCAGCUAUUGCCCAUCGACAGAAGAAACCCUUCCAGGCCAGAAGAGCUUGAUUCUGGUGGCGUAUAACUCCCUUGGAUGGAACCGUACAGAAAUCAUCAGGAUUCCGGUCAAUGAUGCAGGUCUAAGUGUGGAAGAUUCAUCUGGAAACACCCUUGAUGCUCAAUACAUCCCCAUGGAUAAUGUCACGAGCAACCUCAGAAGUUUCUACACAAAAGCUUAUUUAGGAAUAUCUUCCCUGCAGCGUCCAAAGUAUUGGCUCGUGUUUAAAGCAAAGGUGCCACCACUUGGUUGGAACACAUUCUUCAUAUCUAAAGCAUCCGCACAAGGAAGCAACAAUCACAAACACUCUUCAGUGAUGCUUAGUCCGAUGAACAAUACGACUGAAAUUGGUCCAGGAAAUCUAAAGAUGGUGUUUUCUUCAGACUCUGGUCGUCUCGAACGGAUGUACAACUCCAGAACAGGAGCUGACAUAAAGGUGGAUCAGAACUAUUUCUGGUAUGCUUCAAAUGUUGGGGACGCAAAAGAUCCCCAGGUUUCUGGUGCAUAUAUAUUUCGACCUAAUGGUUCCUUGGCGUAUCCUGUUUCGUCGUCCAAAAUAUGUACCGUGACUAGUGCUUUCAUUGGCAAUGGAAACGUGCAGUCAAAGUUGCAGAUUGUGCGAGGGCCUUUAAUAGAUGAGGUGCACCAGCAGUUUAGUCCUUGGGUGGCACAGGUGGUAAGACUAUACAAAGAAAAAGAGCACGCCGAAUUUGAGUUCACUAUUGGUCCAAUUUCUGUUGGUAAGGGACAUCUAACAGGAAAAGAGAUUAUCACGCGAAUGGUAACAGAUAUGACUACAGCUAAGGAGUUCUAUACUGACUCUAAUGGAAGAGACUUUCUGAAACGGGUCCGGGACAACCGAACAGACUGGCAUCUCGAAGUGAAUGAGCCAAUAGCAGGAAACUACUAUCCGCUUAAUCUUGGAAUGUACAUAAAAGACGAGAAAGCAGAGUUGUCGGUGUUGGUUGAUCGGGCUACUGGGGGUGCAAGUAUUAAGGACGGUGAAAUAGAGUUGAUGCUUCACAGGAGAACGUCCAUGGAUGACUCGAGAGGAGUGGAGGAGAGCCUUGUAGAAACUGUGUGUGUGAAUGACACCUGCGCAGGAUUGACGAUUCGUGGGAAUUACUAUGUAAGCAUAAAUAAGGUAGGAGAAGGAGGGCGGUGGAGACGAGAGACUGGACAGGAAAUAUACUCACCUCUUCUAAUGGCAUUCGCACACGAGAACAAGGAGAAAUGGAAAGCCUCAAAUACUGUGAAAGGUUAUGCCAUGGAUCAUCUCUACACCUUGCCUCAAAACAUUGCUCUCAUCACUCUUGAGGAGUUGGAUCUCGGGAACGUCCUUCUUCGCCUGGCUCAUCUCUACGAGGCGGGAGAAGACAGUGAUUACUCUAAAAUCGCUAAAGUUGAGUUGAAGAAGUUGUUUUCCGGCAAAAUGAUCAAAGAAGUGACGGAAAUGAGUUUGUCAGCAAAUCAAGAGAAAGUAAAGAUGAAGGAGAAGAUGAAGUGGAAAGUGGAGGGUGAAGCGGAACAACCUUCUUCCCCGCUAAGAGGCGGACCCGUUGACAAGUCGACUUUAGUAGUAGAGCUUGGUCCCAUGGAGAUUCGUACAUUUGUGGUUCAGUUUUAUCAGAAACAACGAAGAAGAAAGUUGUUUGUGGGAUGAUUGCGCCAAUAUGUUUGUACAAUGUUUUAAAUCAUUCAUUCAUCAACGGUUUGGUUAGUUAGAAAGCGCGGGAGGAAGGUUCAUGUAUUUUUUAAUCGACCAUUAUACUGUGUUAAUGGGCCUGUUAUGGAAGUUUUGGGUAUAUAAGGCCCAUUUAAAGGAAAUGAUGAGUGC